CUCGCGGGCAUUGUCUUCCCAGAAGAGUAGAGCAUUGGAUGGAUCUUUCUUUCUACCACGAUCCUGUGGGAAAUUUACUUUACUCCGAAGGGUGAGAUAGCGCGACGAGGCACUUUCCCGGGCACGAAGUGACAUGGUACGAGGAUCGUUGUCAAUGUGCGAAUCUAAUUCCGUAGUACGUUCCUUACUCUAUAGGGCUUCCGAACCUUUUCCCCGAGCGGAAGAAAGGAAGUGACUAGCGAGUGUGAGCCGAAAGCUGACCUCGCUAGCUCUCUCUCUCGCCCAAAAGGCAAGAUUUGAGAGCCCCAACUCUGACCCCAUCGCUAUAAGAGGGAAGUCAGGCGCGGCGGGCCCAUGGGUCUGCCAUCGAUCCGUCUUUGUAUGUAUUUUAUCUGCACGUACUGUGCAUCCCCACCUGCGAUCCUGCACCAUGCACUGUGGCAUGUCAACCACCGGGGGAUGAAAUUUGUCCUCCACGACUGUCGCGUCUCCAAACGAUGGGCUCGAUUGGCAGACAUUCCAAAGCCUACUCGCUUUUCGAAACGCCUCGCCUACCGAGCGCCCGCGUCAACAAACGGCCCAAGACGAAAAUUAUCAUCGAGCAAGAAAGCUAGCCAACCUAAAACAGGAGCCGACUAAUUUCGACAACUUGACAAUUCGCCAAUUUGCAGAUGUUCUUCCGGCUGCGGCCGUCAGUCUCGAGAUCGAAUGAGACCAGCGUCGGUCGCGACUCUUGUUGUUUUUGCUGUCGUUGUUUUUCUUCUUGGCCUCGACGAUUGGACGCCGGGAGGCCGCGAAUCGGGGACGCGACGAAUUUAUUUCUCCUCCGCCUGUAGCCGGAUGGGCCGAUGGACGAACGGACGGCCGGAUUGUCGGAUGGCUGGGCAGGGCUGGGUUGGUCUGGGCCCCGGGAAAAUCUGCGUAUCAAUAUCGGAGCAGCGCGCGCUGCAAAAGCUGUCGCCGGUGCUCGGGGGCUGCGCUAGCGAGCGAGCGAGCGAGCGAUGGAGGAAGGGGAAAGCGUCGAUAGGAUCGAGCGAGCGAGCAGAGGAGCAAGAGGCCGGCGGAGAAUAUGUGCGUCGCUUUUCGAAGUUCCUCUCGAAAGCUGAAAGUCCAAAGCGCUCGAGGGAGGGAGGGAGGGAGGGAGGGGUGGGGGAGGAGGAGGUCUUGCCGGGCCCGAGUCAAACGACAGGAAGGACAGGGAGUCAGAUCGGGGGCGACGGGAGGGAACACGUGAACUUCGUGCAUCUGGAGCGGGCAAUGGGUGGACGAGCAAUAUCCAUCAAUGACUCGGCGAGAUAUGUCAGCAGCAGCCCAACAAGGGAUGAAUGUACUGGUCCGUAUCCCGACCUCGGCUCCGGCCCCGGCCCCGGCCCCGACCCGACCCGACCCGACCGCCUGUACCGGCCGCGAGUCGAAAUCAUAAUGUCCGGCCGUCGAUCGAGUCGAGGUCCGGUCCGGUCCGGUCCGUCAGGCUGCCGCUGCUGCGAUCGCCCUCUUGAGCUUCGAAAUUCGAGCUCUGCUGCUGCUGCUGCAGUUUCAUGCGUGCCGGACUAUUGCGAGGGCCCGUGACUGACAGGCCCGCGCGCUCUGAUUGCUCGCACUGUUGAGUAUGAUUAAUGUCUCGAAACGGCGAGUAGAUAAUUCCCCCGCGAUCGAGCUCGAGGCCAGCAACAGCAGCGGCGCGAGACGCCCGAAGAGGAAUCGCUGCAGAUUCAGCGAGCGCUCGAGAUCCGUACUCGGGCUCAUGACAUCGCUCGAGGCCAUGACCGCUCGGCUCUUGAAGCUCUAGCCAGCCCCCCCCCCCCCCCCCCCCCCCCCCCUCCCCCCGGCCCUCCGCCCCUCCAUGGACUCCUUCACCGCCGCCGAUCCCAACUUGCACGAGAUUCUCGAGCGUGGUGCUGCUGCUGCUGCCCCACAGUCCGGUACUGGUCCCGAUUUUCUGACCGCGCUCGGCGACGGGGUGGGAGUGGGAGGGGGAGUGUUGGGGCCGCACAGCAGCAGCAGCGCCGGCAGCGACUCCUUUCUGCGCCAGGCCGAGGUGCCCAAGCCCAAGUGGCCUGCUGCCCCGCGCUGGAUGAUUCAACAACAUAUCGGGCCUCCCCCGAGCUUCCCUCUCGCUGCUGCUGCUGCUGCUGCUGCUCCUGUUCCUGCUGCCGUCGUCGUCGUGCCCUCUGCUGCUGCGAGUGGCGGUUCCAAGUUCUCCAAGCCUGCGUCGCUAGCGAGCCCCGUCUCCGGCCCUGGCCCGGGCUCGAGCGACGACAGGCCUGUGAAAGUGUGGUGUGACAGAAACAGCAAGCAAGCGCUUCUCAAGAGCGAGGGCGAGAAUGCACCGCCUUCCAAACUUAUAGCGAUGGCGAAAUGCGACAGCCACAACACCAACAUCAUCAUCAACAACAACAACAAUAUCACCAACACCAGCAAAUCUUCGAUGGUCCUUGACACUCUUCCGGCUGCUGCUGCUGCUGCUGCCGCCGAUUCGCCACGAGGAAAUGUGAUCGCCAAAGAUGGCGUCGAUGUGGAUUUGAAGCAGAUAGACUCGUCGGAUUGCAGCGACCACAUGGAAGAGCAGGAAGACAAGGCCACGAACCGGACCGUGUCCAAGAACCUGGUUUCCGAGCGCAAGCGCCGCAAGAAGUUGAACGAGGGCCUGUACACAUUGCGGGCCCUUGUGCCGAGAAUAAGCAAGAUGGAUAAAGCAUCCAUUAUCGGCGAUGCCAUCGACUACGUUCGUGAACUUCAGAAGGAAGUGGACGAUCUGCAAACGGCUAUCUCAGAGGUCGAAGCCUCGAGGAAAAGCGGCAAUCUAGACACAGAGGAAAUGUCUCAAAAUGCCCAGAUUAUGGAAAAUAGUAUGGUAACAGAGGAUUUCGAAAAAGCAAGCCGAAACAACACUCCAGGAUCCAACGACGACACAACCACAGAACAGAAAAUCUUGAAAUUGGACGUAGCGAAAAUGGAGGAGAAGAGUUACCACCUCCGGAUAUUUUGCACCAAAGGCCCAGGGGUGUUCGUGCUACUCAUGCGAUCGCUUGAAGCGCUAGGCAUGGAGGUUUUGAGUGCUAAUUUGACAUCCUUCGAAGAAAACAUUCUCAACACGUUCAUCGCCGAGAUCAAGGACUUGGAAGCGAUGAAGACCGAAGAAGUGAAGGCAGCAAUUUUGGACGUCUGUGCACGGUUUGGCUUACAAACGACAUGAAGUGGUGUUUCUCGAUGCCAGGCGUCGGUCCAUGUUGUACAGGUGAUCAUGAUGGAUCAGUUAGAUAGUCAGAAUCAUAGAAACCCUUGUACAUAUCUGAAUGAAUCAAACGAAACUAAACGUGUACAAAAGCAGGCGAGGCUCUUAGUAUAUACUUCGCGAAAGUAGUUGGAAAGAUCGCAUCUCGAAAUUCAAUAAAGGUUUUGCAGGACUGCAGCUAUC